AUGUUAACAUAAAGUGUUCAGGGUUAAUUUUAAGGCCCAAGAUUAAGUGCAGGAGUUGGUUAAAAUUUGCAAAUGGGAUAUGGGGUAAUUCAACCCAAUUUUGGACUUUAAUCAUAAAAUUCCUAAUAAACUUUUAUGCCUUUAAGUACUCCAUUGCCAUACCCUGGUGUUGGGUAAUUAAAAGGAUCGAUGCCUUUAUAAUAUUCAAUGCCAAUUUAGGGGGUGAAUUAGGGCUAAUUACCUCAGCACUUGAUCAAUUAUUAAUAACAGCCAUUAAUUGUUUAAAAUUUAAUUUAACCUCAACCAUAAAUCUAAUAUCAAUAGUAGCUUGUUCAAGCUCCUCCUUUACAAAUCACAUAGGCAGCUUAAAUAGAAAGAAAGGUGAAUUAUAUUCCUUAGAAAAAAUAAAUAGUGAAAAUGGAAGAGUAAGAAAUAGAAGAAAUAGUUCCAGUAGAGAGAACAAUUAUAGAAUAUAUUCCUGUCUAAACAAUUAUAGAGAAAGUACCAAUUCCAGUAGAAAUCCCAUAUGAAAUAAUGAUUCCAAAGCCAUAUUAAUAAGAAAUUAAAUACCCUAAUCCAUAAAAUUAAUUUUUAACAGAUGACAUGGGAAAUCCACUAAAUAAUCCUGAUGAAUUUUCUAAAAAUAAGUUGCCUCCAACAACAAUUACGAGUUAUUAAUAAAAGAUAUCAGAUGAAAAUGAUGACGAUGAAGAUGAUAAUACUGAUGAUGAUGAUGAUGAGCUGAAUCGAAAAAUAUACCAGAAUUAUUGAGGAAAUUAAAUAAAGGAGGAGAAGAAGAAGACAUAGACAAGGAUUAAGUUCUGAUGAUGAAGAUGACUUCAAUUUUAGUAAAUUUUAAUAGAAAUUUGGAUCAUAAUAAGGAAAUUAAGGAGGUUAUUAUGAUAGUAGAUAAGGUUAUGGAGGUUAUGGAUAGUCGCAGACUAUGAAGAGUAGGGGAUAUCAUGGCAGAGAUAAAAGUGCGAGAGAUUAUUUAAAUUAAAGAAGAUGAAAAUUAUUUAUCACUUUAAUAUUAUUAUAUAUUU